AUGGACGUGGAUGAUCUAGAAAUCGACCCAGCUAUUGCAGAAGCAAUGGGCUUCACAAGCUUUGGCAGCAAGCGUCGCAAACACGCCGCACGCGCAGACGACGCCUUCAUCGACGACAGCGGCAACCAAAUACCAGCCAGCACCGGCGCCAACGACAUCCCCUUGGGCACAAGACCAGUGGCUAGCGAAACAAAAGAGGAGACUCAGGAGCAAGGCAACGUAGAGGACAGCGCCACAUCAACAACGAGAGGGCAAGGUGUGCAGGCAGAACAGGCAAGAGCUGUGGAAGCAGGAGUAGGAGACGCGCAAGCAGACAACUGGACUCCUGGCUUCCCGACUCCUCAAGAGCUUGCGGCACUCAGAAGAGGUAUCAAGAAUGCGAAGGGUGAUAUGGUUGUCUUCAUGCCAUCGUUCAUUGAGGAUCCUUGGAAGGGACUUGCUUGA